AUGGACCGUCUACGGUCGUUUCUACAGGAAGGUGGCUAUAAUAGAGUCGGUACAAAUGAAGCCCACAAUAACAGCAUACCUGGUGGGUUCCCUGAGGAGCCGGUACAGCAAGCUCCACGCACAAUGUUCAAUACCCAUUCCCUCGGGGAGGCGGUUCAUAAAGUUUCAGCAUGGAUCAACUACCUCGUGAUCCAGCCCGUCAUCAUCGUGAUUGUGGUUCUUUUCCAACUCCUAUCGAAAUUCAUCAAUACGCUUUACUUGAACCCCGCCACCAACGGCAAUCGAGACGACACCACUGACCCCAUUGACAAAGUCAACAAGUUUGUUCGCAACUUGGAAGACAGUCUCCCUCCGCAGAUGGACGCUUUGCUGCAUCUUCCACCCUUCUUCCAAGGCAGUUAUACUCAGGCGUUAUACAUGGCGACGCAGCGGGGCAAGUUUCUCUUUGUCUAUUUGACCAACCCUCAAAAUGAAAGUGCCUCGUUUAUAUUCAACGAAAGCAUCAUCAAUCGCGAAUUCGUCAAGAUUUUCAAGGAGCUGGAUAACCAAGUGAUUAUAUGGGGAGGCGACUUGACCAACCCCGAGGCCUACCAGUUGGCCAACAGUUUGAACGUCACCAAGUUUCCGUUUUUGGGGCUCUUGUGCUUAACGCGCAACACCAAGAUGACCCCCGAGGGCCCGCAGAAGGAACCGUCCAAGAUCUCGUUGAUCGCCAAGAUGCAAGGAGGCUCGACGUCGAAUGCGUCGACCAACGGCGCCAAUUUGAUCAAGAGCAAAUUCAUCAGCAAGAUGAACAAAUACGAGCCGGAGUUGAAGCUCAUUCGACAGGAAUUGAAGGACAAAUACAUGACCGAAGUGCUCAAGAAGCAACAGGAGUACAACUAUUUGCAAUCGGUGCAUAAGGACAUGAUGAAAAAGGCCGAACGCACCAACCGGGCCAAGAUGAAGGAGUACCUUGAGUUUCGAGCACCCGAGUUUGCCAACUUGUCUCAGCCGGCGCCAAACUGCGCCAAGAUUGCGUUAAAGUUUGCUGAUUCUACACGACAGACGGUGUAUUUCCCCAAGGAUAUGCUAAUUGAAGACAUAUACAUCUAUAUCGAAUUAUCGAAGCGUCAAAUGCUUUCAGAUGAACCACCGCCAUCGCCGAGAGUAUCACCGCAGGAAGCCAAGCUCAAAUUCAAGGAUUUGCAAGUGAAUUUCAAAUUCAAGUUACUGUCUCCGUUGCCACCAAGAGUCGAUCUCCUCAGCAAGAGACGCGAAGUCAUUGAAAAUGUCAAUUUGGUCUACCCCAAUGGCUUAUUACUAGUUGAAGACGAAUAA